AUGUCUGGAUCGCAUUCAAGAUCACUGUCAAGAACAAGUUUGGAGGUACCCAGAAAGAGUAUUGAAUUAGUCGAUCCCGGUGCACAUGAACUAUCCUCCGAAGGGGAAGAAGACCACUUCUCUGACGCCUCGGAAGGCCAAAAACGAUCAAGACCAGUAACUCCUGCCUCGCCCAUACCGAGAACUCGCAUAGAGAAAGUCGAUGACGAGCCAAGUUACGGCGAGGUCCCAGGAACUCCUGCGUAUGACAAGCGAGCCAAAGAUGCGGUACCUGAUGAGGUAGAGAUACUCUCACCAGCAAGAAGUCGGCGUGUUUCUAUUGAGCCUCCCACCACACCUGGGGGCACUCUCAUACCACGGACCGUGGUUGAGAAGGUCGACCCCGAAUCCGCUAGUUAUGGCGAGGUCCCGGGUACUCCAGCAUAUCAACAAAGGCAGAUGGAUGCUGCACCAGACAUUAUUCUGAAGACACCUGACCCAACCAAGAGACGGCCGGCCGAAGAUGAUACGAACAGAGAAGGACCUCCUUCCAAUGUUUCGGUGCCUGAGACUAUCAUCUCUAGGGUAGAUUCCGAGCCUGUACAUGGCGAGGUACCUGGGACAGAGGCAUACAAAAAGCGAGCCCUUGAUGCUGCACCCGAUCUUAUGGAAAAGAAGAGUGAUGAAUCAGGGUCACCAUCAAAGGAUAGCCCCUUGAAGCACUCCAGACGCAGAUCUACACUUCAAAAUAACAGUAAUGAUAGUAAUGAUUUCGGAGACGACUUUGAUGACUUUGAAGAAGGUGGACAGGCAGGAGCUGAUGACGACUUUGGGGACUUCGAUGAUGAGUUCCAGGAACCUGAAGUUGAAGCUGAAGAUGCUACGGCAUCGCCUGUAUCUACCUCUCAACCCAAUCAAAUACCUGCACAACCCUUUCCCUUAAUCGAUUUCGACAAGCUCUCCUCUGUUCCAGAGCUAUUCGCCGUCACCCAAGCGCACUUGGAUGCCAUGUUUCCCUCAUCUACAGCCGAAAAACUCUCAUUUAUCACCCGACAAGAACCUAUUCCCGACGACUCACCUAUUUUCCCCUCCGACAGGUCACGCUCCCUUUGGAAACAACUCAUCACACCUCCUCCACUUCAGUCACCCAAUUGGACACAGUCAAGGAUACGACGUCUCUUCUUAGUCAGCCUUGGUGUUCCUGUCGACCUAGACGAAAUCCUUCCACCCUCGAAGCAGAAGAAGCUCAUUCUUCCCGAUAUUAACCUCGAACCCUCAUCGCGACAAUCAGAAUCAGACAGAACCCUAGGAUCUGUGGCUCGACUAAAAGCUCAAGCAGCCAAUGACUCUACGGGCUCAGUGGAUAGUACACAAUCUGGAACGACCAAGGAACGACGGCCUAGGAGACCGAAAGGCCCGCCACCGCCUCCUGAAUUAGACUUGAUCGCCGUGAAGCGUCUAUGUGCAACAACCGACGAGAAAUUAGACGGCUUCACAGACGAUGAAAUCAAGGCUCACGUAAAGGAGCUACAGGACGUUACUGAAAAGACAUCGGAACUCCUGGAGUAUUGGCUCAAGCGGCGGGAUGGCUUGCGGAAGGAGAAAGAAGCCUUCGAAGGAGUCAUUGAGAAUCUCGUCAGACAUGCGAGGAGAGUGAGGAAGUAG